CCAUUUGUGUCGUCAUCACGUCUGACAACGGGAUUCAGGGAGAACAGGAAGAUCCCGACAGCGUUGAGCGUUCCUCUCCAUCUCGAUCAGGGCGAGAACACGCUCACUUUAUUUUCUCCCGAAGAUCCGGCUGAGUGGAUUCUGGACGCAGCUCCAUUUGUCGUGGACGAGUGUUUGACAAGGGCUCACGAAAGAUGUGGAAGGCAGCAGCAGGACAGUCAGUUAAGGUGACUGUAGAUGAUGGAGGUGACGACUGGGAGACUGACCCCGACUUUGAGAAUGAUUUAUCCGAGAAGGAGCAGCGCUGGGGUGCCAAGACAGUGGCUGGUUCAGGACAUCAGGGGCACAUAAAUAUCCACCAGCUGCGUGAAACCGUGUCAACAGAGCAUACAAGCUUGAAACAGCAGGAGAUGGAUAACAUGCCCAAGGCAUCGCAUGGAUAUGGAGGAAAAUUUGGGGUUCAGCAGGACCGCAUGGACAAGUCUGCUGUGGGACAUGAAUACCAGAGCAAGUUAUCCAAGCACUGCUCCCAGACUGAUAACUCGAAGGGCUUUGGAGGGAAGUAUGGAGUUCAGUCUGACCGCGUAGACCAGUCUGCGGUGGGCUUUGAGUAUGCUGGGAAAACAGAGAAACAUGCCUCACAGAAAGACUAUAACACUGGGUUUGGAGGGAAGUACGGUGUCCAGGCAGAUCGCGUUGACCGCAGCGCAGUGGGCUUUGAUUACCAAGGCAAAACGGAGAAACACGAGUCCCAGAAAGAUUAUACCAAGGGUUUUGGCGGGAAGUUUGGCGUGGAGACCGACAAAAUUGACAAGAGUGCUGUGGGCUUUGAGUACCAGGGCAAAACCGAGAGGCACGAGUCUCAGAAAGACUAUGUCAAAGGAUUUGGUGGCAAAUUCGGUGUGCAAACAGACCGACAGGAUAAAUCUGCUCUGGGGUGGGACCACCAGGAGAAACUACAGCUCCACGAGUCACAAAAAGACUAUAAACGGGGGUUUGGAGGUCAGUAUGGGGUAGAGGUGGGGAGGCAGGACCAGAGUGCCCUGGGCUAUGAGUACAAGGAGAACCUGGCCAAGCAUGAGUCACAGAAAGAUUACUCCAAAGGGUUUGGAGGAAAAUUUGGUGUCCAGAAUGACAGGAUGGAUAAGAGUGCAGGCACAUUCGAGGAUGUUGAGAAGCCCAAAUCAUCUUACCAGAAAACCAGACCUUUGGAGGCUGCUGGCAGCAGCACAGGAAGCAUUAAGGCCCAAUUUGAGAAUAUUGCCAGGCAGAAGGAGGAAGAGGACAGAAAGAGAGCUGAAGAUGAGCGGGCACGUCGACAGGCCAAGGAGAAACAGGAGCAAGAGGAGGCACGACGUAGAAUUGAACAGCAGGCCAAAGCUCCUUCUCCGGUUCCUGUUGCGGCGAGCCCGAGUCCCACUCCCAGCCCGACUCCACCGGUCCAGCCUUCUUAUUCUUCAGCAUACGAGAUUGCAGAUGAUUUUACCAGCGAAGCUGCUGAUGAGAAUGGAGAGCAGCUGUAUGAUGACCCAGAACCACAGGGUCACUACGAACAGCCGGAGUCGCUUUACCAGAGCCCGCCUGAGGGUAAGCUUCUUGAUAUAAUCUAUACCGGGGAACUUCCCGUUUCAGCUGGGGAAGAUGAGAUCUCCUUUGACCCCGAUGACAUCAUCACCAACAUUGAGAUGAUCGAUGAGGGCUGGUGGCGUGGCGUUUGCAGAGGGGCUUAUGGUCUCUUCCCCGCCAAUUACGUUGAAGUUCGGCAAUGAUGUCACCCUGCCCACAAAGGAGAGGCUGUCAACUUCGAUUUUUCUCAUGCUUUAGUCUAUUUUCUCUCCUUUUAAUUUCGGAGUGCUCCAACACUGUGCAAGACAUCUUUAAAUCAGCAUUCUUCUGCUCUGCGCCUUUUUCCAUCAACACCUCAAGUAUUUGCGUUUGCAUUUGUUUUUGUUUUUUGUUUUUACAUUGACUUCGUUCCUUUGAGUGAAGCACACUCUUACCUUAGAAUGACUCAACUCCUGGAGAAUAUGAAAGUAAAAAUUGUAGGCCAAAAAAAGUUCAAGCUUUGGCUGCAUUGAUCUCCAACAGCAAAAAAAAAAACAAAAAAACAAAACCAAAACCCUGAUGCAUUUUCCACACUUUGUAUAUCGAGAUCAAAAGGUACUGCACCCAUUAAGAUUAGUUUUACCAAAGACCUGUGUGUUCACAAAAAUGAGCAUGAGGGAAAUAUUAAGGGGGUAACUGUAUAGGAAUUACGGCCUGUCCAGUACCCCCAGCAGGGACCAAAACAAUUUGACGAUAACCCCUUGUACCUCCUUGGUCUACAUUUCCUUGCUUGUGCUGUUACUUUCAUUGCACCCAAUUUUGAUAUUGCAUAAAAACCUGAAGCUUUGUUUGUAAAUUAAUGCAGCAUACAAAUCUGUUUUAGUCCACCAUCAUUGGACACAGUCAUACAGGUUUUGAUCUUUGAGCUGUUCACUGGUUUCAGGGGACAUUCAUCUAAAUGUACACUUGGGCAAAUCACAAACUCAACACUACACGACAGCUCACUGUUGAUUAUUGUUGAUCGCAUUGAAUUGCGCAGAGAGAUCAAGUGUUAUGAUGCUUAGAGAGACGGUCGGGUUAAAAAUGUUUUAUGUUCCGUUGCGGGUUGCUGUUUUUGUUUGUUUUGGAUGUGGACACGUCUUGUGGAGUUGUAUGUGUCCAAAAUCUUGCGCCUUGUGUCUUGGCAUUAGGUGUGGCUGUGUCACUGUUCAGGAGAAUUACUAACAUGGUGACUAAACGUGUCCAGCUCAGUAAGGA